AUGUAGCCUAUUCUUUCUUUUCUUAAUUUAAAAACGUUGCUUCCCUGUUACUCAUUUUAUAAUAGCUACUCCACACUGGUACUUUGACCUGUAUAAUAAUUCAUCUACCCAUCACGAGAUAACCUACUUGCACCACGAGAGGCUGGAUAAUUUUGCUUUCGAUAAACUUUCCAGUGAAGAAAGGAUCUAGCCUACCAUAGCAGAAGCAACGUUAUUAUUCCACUGAUUAUCAUCAGAUUGAUCAACUCGACUAUCUGCUGAGAGAGAGAAACUCCGACGCAACUGAUUUUCAAUGUACGACACCAGUGGAGCAUUGUGACCCGAUGAAUUUUAUUCAAUGAAAGAUGUUUCAUCAUGGUGAUAAAGAAGGCAAGAAAUCUGCGUUUGGACAUCCUGUCUGCGGCCAGAUUAUUCUCCCGAUCAUCCUCCUCCUCCUCCUUCCUUUUGUGGUCACCGCCUUCCCGGUUAACACAGUAGUGGAUCAGUUCUGCAAGGAUCCCGGUUUUCCUGAGCACGGAAUCAGAACUCCAAACACCGGUGUGUUCUUUGAAAACUCGGUGGCGAGGUUCUCUUGUGUGGAUGGUUAUAGCUUAAAGGGGCCGGCCAAGAUUGUCUGCACGCGCUUCCACAAUGGAUCGUUAGGCUGGAAACCAAGCCUUAAACCAGUGUGCCUUUCAGAAGGUGAGGAUAGUUGGCAAUUUUAUGAAAAUGUUGCAGCAUUUAUUUAUUUCGCUUAUCUGUCUUUCAAAGAUUGUCUUCCUCCAUUCAUCGAGGAUGCUGAUGUCACAAAUAAGACGUACAGGCCUGGCGACAGCCUCAUCAUUAGCUGUCAUGAGGGAUUUCAGAUCCGAUACCCUGACACAGAAACUAUGGAAUCAGUAUGUCAAGCCGAUGGGACAUGGGAUAAUCAGCCAACUUGUCAAGGCUGUUUACGGCCGCUGAUACCUCCACAUAGUUACAUGAACAUCUCGGAAGCAGAGUUCUCUGUGCCUGUUGGAACUGUAGUCCACUACCAGUGUUUUCCUGGUUACAAGUUGGAGGGACCUGAACUUCUGGAAUGCAUGUAUAACCUCAUCUGGUCGGACACGCCACCCCGGUGCCUUGAUGUUGAGGCAUGUUCCCUACCCCCGAUGACAGAACAUGGAGAUUACAUGUGCCACCCACAACCAUGUGACCGCUACAUUCAUGGGACGGUCGUAGAAUACUACUGUUAUCCUGGCUACUCUCUAGCGAAUGAUUACAAGUACAUCACCUGCCAGUACGGGCAAUGGUUUCCACAAAUGCAGUUCUACUGCAUCAAAGAUGAGACAACCUGGCCUGGUUUUCAAGAUUCUGUACUAACCACAUGGAAAGUAGUGGCUUGUACGGCCACUAGUGUGCUGCUAGCCCUGCUCUUGGUGAUCACAGCCAAGAUGUUCCACUUCAAAUGCAAAUCCCAGCAAAGUCCGAGUGAAGUGCAAGAUGAAAGCCGGGAUCCAAACAUCCUGGUUGUAGAUGGUGUUGCUGUGCCACUGCCCUCUUAUGAAGAGGCUGUUAGUGGUACUUAUUGUCAGCCCCCAAACGAUCUGCCCCCUGCUGGUCUGGGGAGCUCACAGCAUUCAGAAGAACAAAACCCACCUUCAUAUCCCGGGCAUACAGGGAGUCAAAAUAGUGCGCCGUUGGACACUGGGGAGGCUGAGACCUGCGAUAGCAUCUCGGACACAUCAGAAUGUCUUCAAGGCAUACAGCCAUCUUCCUCCCAUGCUGGUGGACUAAAUAACAUGUCUGAGAAAACCAAUGCCAUCACCUCUAUGGAAGAGACUGCUUCCACAAGCCCUAGCAUAGACAUUGCAGACGAAAUUCCUCUCGUGGAGGAUAGUGAAGAAGACUGCUGAUUGUUUCUUUUAACUGAAAAUGGGACACUUCAGAUUGUUUCACUCCAUUACUGAUUAUUUUAGCAUUAAUUUCUGAUUUUGUUGAAUAACAUGGCACAGGCCAAAUUACUGCUCAUAAAGAUGAUAUUUAAUGAAGAACACACCAGGGAAGUAUAGGCAAUAAAAAAAGAAUAAUCAAAAAUUAAAUAAACUCCCAAUUUCUGCUCAUAAAGGAACUAUGCAUUAGAUCAUGGCAUAUUAUGUUAAUUUAACUUUCCCACUACAUAAUAUAUAUAUACAAUGCAAGUAUUCUAAAUAAUUUUUCUUGUGACUUUCACUCGACAACUGCACUGCAUUCUGGACAGCUUUCAAAUGGUACGGACAAUGAUGAAUAUUUCUUAAAUAAAUGACGUGUUAACUUUA